CUGCCCAGUACCCUGAGGCCAGGUGCCAGGACUCAUGGGGCCUGCUGGCUUCCACCACUGCCCGUGGACAGCGAUCCUCCUCUCAGCCUCCCUUCUGACCACAUGGAACCCCCCAGCUGCUGCCCAGUUCAUCGACCAUGCUGACCUGCUUAGCAACACCCAGAUGGAGAGAGCCUCACUGGCCAAGCCCAUCCUCACAGUCCGUCAGAGUGUUGUCACAGAGCAGAGGGACAUGGCAGACUUCUACUGUGCCACUAGUGCUGUUAACGCCACCAUCCACUGGGUCUUCAACAACUCUCUGCUCGUGUUGAACGAGCGCAUGAAGCUGUCUGCAGAUAACAAGAACCUCACCGUCCUCGUCGUUCAGCGGGAGGACUCGGGCUUUUACCUGUGUGAAGUGCAGUCCGCCUUUGAGGUUGGCAGAAGUGAUGACAUCUUGCUGGAGGUGAACUAUGGUCCUGACCCUGUGUCAAUCAAGCUGGACUCAGGAGUAGCCACUGGGGACGUGGUUGAGGUGAUGGAAGGCAACACUGUGAACUUCUGGGUGGAAACACAGUCUUACCCUGCUCCCACCUACACCUGGUAUCUCCCCACUGACUCUAUCCAGCCACUGCCCACAGGACAACUCACCAUCCCCGCCAUAUCCAGGGAACAGGAGGGCAUGUACAGGUGCCUGGUGUCCAACACUGUCACCAACUCUUCUCGUCUAGGUGUUGUCAACGUCCAAGUGCUCGAAAAAGUGACUGCACCGUAUAUCGAGUCCCCAACCUUGGCCCUUGUGGAGAACGCCACCUCUGUGAUGCUGACCUGCAAAACCAGCCACCAGAGGGUUGGUGUCCAUUGGUAUCUGAGGGGUCAGCCGCUCAUGCCUAGUGAGCACCUGACACUGUCAUCCCAAAACAGAACCCUGACCAUCCACGGCCUUCAGAGAGACGAUUCUGGGCCUUAUGAAUGUGAGGUGUGGAACUGGGGUAGCCAGGCACGCAGUGUCCCCCUGAAGCUCACCAUCAACUAUGGCCCUGACCAAGUGGACAUCACCCAGGGGUCAGCGUCUGGAGUGGUUAACACCAUCGAGGCAAUGCUCAACUCCAGCCUGACCCUGCAUUGCUGGGCUGACUCCAAACCGGAUGCCAGGUAUCACUGGACCCAUGAGCACUCCUCUCAGGUGCUUGCUGGCAAUCAACUGAACAUCGAGGCACUGAGGCAGGAGCAUCAGGGCAUUUACAGCUGCACAAGCUCCAACAAUGUCACUGGCCUGACCCGAUCCGCCUCUGUCCUGGUCACGGUGGUGGGUCUCCAGUCAUCCUCUAUGUCUCCUGGAGUCAUUGCUGGCAUUGUUAUCGGGAUCCUGGCUGCCAUUGCUUUGGUGAUAGGGCUGGGCUACUUCCUCUACAGCACCAAGGACAGAUGGAUCCACAGGAGAUCAGCUAAUGACACAACGAACUCUAAUACCGAGCCACCCACUUCUGUGACUCAGAGCACCCCAGAGUCCACCAGACCCAACAAACCAAUGCCUGUGUAUGACAAUAUGCUGAAACCCAAAGGAGAGGACAGAGGUAAAAAGAUGCCAUCUCCGCCACCUGUCUCCCCAGAACACUUCUAUGAGAAGAAGCCACCUUCCGCAGCUCCUGAGGGCCCCAGGAAGCCAUUGCCCCGUAUCCCGAAGCAGCCAUUGGUCCCCCCAGUACCAAACAGAAACAAAGAGUCAAAUUAUGAGGCACUGCUGAAUCCAAACCAAAGUCUUUACUGCAAGAUCAACUCAUCAGUCUGA